GCCCGGUUGCAGUUCGUAGCUUCGAUCGUGGACCGGCCAGCUUGGCGCGAUCGCCCCUUGCUUGUGCUGGAAGGGUGCAUCGUAUUGUCCCAUCGCCAGCUCUAGAGCCUGAGCCAUCGUGCAUGGUGGCACUGCUGGGACCGAGCCUCCGGAUGCGAGCCUUCUUCGAUUGCUUCACCGACUUGCGCUUGUCGAGCUCGAGCUAAAGCCCUCUAUCGCUCCCUUGGAUCACUGCCAAGCACGCCAGUCCAGAUGGACCGUCCACGGCGGCCAUGUCAAUAAAACGGUUGCCACCAGAGGUGGUGGCCCAGGUCAAGUCCUCGUCGGUCAUCACCUCGCUCAAUGGCGUGGUGCUUGGGCUUCUCCGCAACUCGCUUGAUGCCAAAGCAACCAAGGUCAACGCCUCGGUGGACUUCCGCCUCGGUAACUGCGCCCUCGAGGACAACGGCACCGGAAUCUCGUCUGCCGAGUUUAUGGACGAUGGUGGGCUGGCGAAGCCUCACUUCACCUCAAAGUAUCCUCCCAGCGAGGGGGUCUACGGACAUCAUGGCCUGUUUCUCUAUUCCGUUGCUUCCCUGUCGUUGCUCUCUAUCGCCUCGCACCAUCGCUUGCAGACUUCCCACAAUUCUUUGCUUGUCCACAACUCUCAGAUUGUGUCCCGCCAUACCCCUGCGCUUCCCAGCCAACAGGUCCUGGCCUUUCCUCAUGGCACUCGUGUGUCAGUCCGAGACCUGUUCGGCUCGAUGCCCGUUCGGGUUAAGCAGAGGGCACUCGAUGCCGAGAGGUCAGGAGCCGGCCGGGACUGGGACCAGCUCGUCCGUAUGGUAGUGGCCCUACUUCUUGCUUUCCCCGGCGAAGUGUCUGUUACCUUGCGCGAGUCCAGCUCCGCUCGCCUCCUGAACCUGAGCGCGGGAGGCCAUGAAACCGCCCCUAAAACCACUCACCUUCUCUCACGAGCCUUGCUUUGGGAUCACGCCAACUCCGCCUACUGGGUGCCGCUGGGCGCAUCUUCAUCUGGCGUCAUUGUAGACGGCUGCGUCUCUCUUGUGCCCGCACCGACCAAGAGAUUGCAAUUCAUCAGUUUCGGGAUUGAGCCCCUGGCAGAAGAUCUCGGGUCGAAUAUCAUCUUGGGAGAGGUGAACAAAGUUUUUGCAAACUCCAAGUUCGGUGCAAUUGAGGACGGUCCCAGCCAUAAGUCCGGCUAUCCAACCCCUGUCGGCACGGAGAAGGACUACACAACCAACGAACUCAGGGUCAAGAAAGGAAUUGAUCGAUGGCCUGUCUUCUUCGUUCGGAUAUCUCUCGACGCGCACGCAGCAAAUCGCACAAUGAAUCCAGACGACUUCCUAGAUGAAUAUCACAAUAGCCUCCGGAUGAUUGUGGAUCUUCUCCGGGCUAUAUCAUAUACUUUUCUCAAAAAGUACCACUUCAGCCCUGAGCGAGUCAACCUCGUAUCCCAGCCCAAGUCGCGCACUUCACCGCCUGUAGAGAGGUUUCUGUCUGGCUACAGUGGAGACUCGGACGCCUGGUCUGCCAGCGGAUGUGAAUCCAGGAAUAGCCCACCCGAUGGAAGCCUCAGAGUUUGGCGUGCACCGACCAGAACGCCAGAGAAUCCGUGCUCUGGGUACAAAAGCUUGGGGAUUGAAACGGAUAUUAUCGGACAGAACUCAGAUUCCCUGGGAGAAGAGAAGCGGGCUGGACAUGUUCCUGAAAAUCCCGAAGAUCUACGGCCAACCGUUUGCGCCCAAGACCCGCGCCAGCCAGCGAGGCCAAAAGCGGAUUCGGCCAUGCGGCAAGAGAAACCCAUUCUCGAUGACUGUGCCCCAGAGGGAACAUUCUACUGGCAUGACGCAGUGACGGGGGCACGAUCUGUAGUUGAUUCGAGGACAGGCUUCAUCUUGCCAGUCAUGCCCAAGGAGAUCCUGCAAACUUCCGAGUCCCCGAAGCACUCAAUUGGUGUUGACUCGAAGUCAGGAGGAAAGGAGCCUAGCCCGUGGCUCAAAGACAUUCUCUCUCGCUGGAACAAUCCCGUUUUCGAGAUAACUGAGCCAUCCAUACCACGCCUCCCUGAUGUAGAGGCUACUAUGGCGUCCACCACCAGUAACCACAAAGAAAGUGGGUGUUGCUCCGUAACCCUCGGCCACAGAGAAGACAAAGCAUCCUUGGCGGUGGAAAGUCGAAUCUCCAAGGCGGAUUUGAGGUACUCGGAGGUGAUCUCUCAGGUCGACGGCAAGUUUAUCCUCGUCAAGGUGCCUGUACCUGGGCCGAACAAUACGGGACAUGCGAGUGUGGACCAGGAGAGCGGAGACGCUAGCCACCAGGAAGGUAACCGGGGAACAGUCCUUAUCCUCGUCGACCAGCAUGCGGCAGAUGAAAGGUGUCGAGUGGAAGAUCUCAUGCGAGGUUAUUUCGAAGACGUUGGUAGUAGCAAAGUAGAUCCCAUAUGGAGGGCUCGCACCGAACACCUGGAUGGCGCGCUCUGGCUUGCUCUUUCCUCUCAGGACUGCGCCCUGCUGGAACGAUUUAAGUUUCACUUUGAGAGGUGGGGGAUACUAUACAGGGUUUUCGGUUCAGAUGCCACCGCUACCCUUUCGCUCACGAAGAGUCCGAUAUCCAGGAGGGCAAGGGCGGGAAUGAUUCUAGGUAGAAGUGGACACGGCGGCAAGGGUAUAUCCGUGACGAGCCUGCCUCCAGCCAUAGUUGAAAGAUGCCGGACCGAGCCCAAAAUGCUCGCCGAACUACUCCGCGCAGAGGCUUGGAGGCUCGAGGGGGACCAGGCACUAGCGCGCGCAGCGGACACGGCCCAGGGCCUCGUUGGGCUAGUGCCGGGCUGGGAAGACCAAGAUGCAUCGUGGAUAUCCAGGUUUCAUGGCUGCCCUCGAGGUAUACUGGAUUUGAUCAACUCCAGGGCCUGCAGAAGCGCCAUCAUGUUCAACGAUCCUCUUUCGCUUGGAGAUUGUCAAGCGCUGCUGGUGCGCCUCGGUGCGUGCGCUUUCCCGUUCCAGUGCGCCCAUGGGAGACCGUCCAUGGUUCCCUUGCUCGACCUUGGGCCUGAGCUGCCCCUUCAAAACAUGAGUGCCGAUUUUGGUAGUUGGGGCCAUGAAUAUCCGUCUCAAUUUGCUCUCUAGUAUAGAAUACAAGAACCAGCUUCACUAUCCGCCGACCCGAAAUGCGCCUAGGCCACAUAUUCCUUCACGAACUCUGAGAUUGGCUUUCGCGAGCG